AUGUUAUCGCGGCGAUGCGACGAGUGGCAAUGUGCGCGCGUAACGUCGUCGUAUCGCCGCGGUAUCGUCGCUACUAGCGGCGAUCUCGCACCGAGCGCGCUGUCAAAUGCAGCGUCAUUUCAGCGUUGCAUCUCGCCAAGCAAGGACUUUACGUAUCGACAAGCAUACAAUAUAAGUACAAUGUUUAACAUUGAAAAGUUUAUAUUGAAAGUGAGAGAGAGACCUGCCCUUUACGAUGUUCAGUUGCCCUAG